GUGGAGAGCCAGCCCUGAAUGGAGGCGCACGCUCACAGAAAGGAACUGGGGCAAGCUGUCAUGACUCCUGGUUUCCCUCUGCCAGCACUUGUUACCAUUUGUCCUUUUCUCUUUUUUAAUGUCACAAUGAGCUCUAAUUGAAGAUGCUUGUAUUGUUCCCCCAAAGACUUUGGGUUGCUCUGCAGGUAUCACAAAAACUGAAACCCAAUCCGUAUUCUUCUCUGGGCUUUGGGGAAGCGGAACCACGGGUGAGUCUGUCAUUUUGAGCAGUCGUUGGCGUAAAGCCAAAGCUCCAGGAGAUACUAAAAGUAUUUAAAAUCGUCCGAUUGGCUGUUGGAAUUAGCUGUUAAACAAAGCAGCCAGUAACUGAACACCGGGGGCCUUCGUGAACUCCAGUUGGGUGGGAGACCUUCUAGCGUGUGUGUCGGCUCUGAACUAGGACAGAAAGAGGGAGAGAGAUGAACACCUUACUGUCACUCUAGAGAUGGCCAGUGUCAUCUCAGGGCCGGCUGAGAGGACUACUCAGAUAGAUACACGUAAAAUGACAGAAGUGCACGUAGUUACAAGGCAGCAAUAACCAGCAGCAUGUGUCUGCAUUGAGCUUCCACAAAGCUAGUUGGAGACCAGCGUGGGCUCAGUGGAAGUCAGCAGCCAGACCUGACAUCCCACGACAACAAAGGUCCUCAACAAGCAGAGCUCCUCUCCAUGAGUACCUCGGGCUUCUUUCGUUGGCCCGCACCGCUGGCCAGAAUGUGCACGGCGCCGUGGGGACUCGGGCUUCGGGGGACGCCAGCGCUGUUAGCCCCGGGAGCGGCAGUCACCGCGGUCCAGAUGGCAGGCAGGAGGGACCACCCCGCUCUGCUGCCUCCCCUGGAUGAGCGUGACCUUGAAGAGCAGUUUGUGAAAGGGCACGGUCCGGGGGGCCAGGCAACCAACAAAACCAGCAACUGUGUGGUGCUGAAGCACAUCCCCUCGGGCAUCGUCGUCAAGUGCCAUCAGACAAGAUCAGUCGAUCAGAACAGAAAGCUAGCCCGGAUAAUCCUACAAGAGAAAGUGGAUAUUUUCUACAACGGCGAAAACAGUCUUGUCUACAAAGAAAAACGGGAGGCAGAGAAGAAAAAGCAAGAGAGGAAAAAAAGAGCAAAGGAAACUCUAGAAAAAAAGAAACUCCUGAAAGAACUGUGGGAAUCAAGUAAAAACGUCCACUGAGAAAGAAUUAGAAAUGCUUUUUUGUUUGUCUGUUUUGUUUUGAAGUAAUCUCUACACCCAAUGUGGGGCUUGAACUCGACCCUGAGAUCAAGAGUCGCACGCUCCACUGACUGAGCCGGCCAGGCACCCCUGAAAGAACAGCAGAUUCUGACUAAAGAACCUGCCAGAUGCUUCCAGGGAAUAAUGGUGGGAAGUUCUAUUCCACCUCAAGCAUUACUAUAGUGUUUCUGUAUUUUUAACUGACUUCAAAUUUUAAAUCAAAAAUUUUUUAAUGGCGGACUAAACUGGUGGAUCGAGAUACACUUUUUUUUUAAGUUUUAUUAUUUUGAGAGAGAGAGCAGGGGAGGGGCAGAGAGAGAAGGGGAGAAUCCUAAGCAAGGCUCCACACUUACCACAGAGUCCAAUGCGGGCCUUGAACUCACAAAGCAUGAAAUCAUGACUUGAACUGAAAUGGAGAGUCCAACGCUCAACCAAAGGAGCCACCUAGAUGCCCCUAAAUGCAUUUUUUGGUGUGUUUUUUUUUUAAGUGUAGGGGCGCUUGGGUGACUCGGUUGGUUAAGCAUCCAACUUCAGCUCAGGUCGUGAUCUCGCGGUUUGUGGAUUUGAGCCCUGCGUCAGGCUCUGUACUGACAGCUCGGAGCCUGGAGCUGCUUCGGAUUCUGUGUCUCCCUCUCUCUCUGCUCCUACCCCACUCACGCUCUGACUGUCUCUCUCUCUCAAAAAUAAACAAAUAUUAAAAAAAAAAA